UACAUCAUUCAACACAGUAUCAACAUAAAAUUCGGGGAUGAAUGAGUCAUGUUCUGUGAGGUACCUUAUUUAACAACAGCAACCUAAAUUUAUCAGCUUUUUAAUGCUUCCUAAAUUCUGUGGAUCUGUAAAUAAUAAACAAAUUGGGCACCCCUAAUUUGUACAAAUGAUAAUUCUCUCUCUUUCACUUUCAUUUUUCAUUAUCCUGGAUGUGGGUUCCACCACCACCACCACCCCACCUACACCUGUUGCUCUUUCCUCGUUUUUCUCCCUCUUUCAGUCUCAGUCUCAGUCUCAGAUUUGAGGGUGUUUCUGGGAAUUCUGAAUUGGAUCCAACGACUCUUUCACUGACACCUAAUCUUAAAAAUGGAGGAUUUUGGAGAUGGGUUUUUUGAAUCUUCUGAUGUUGGAGUUUAUGAAUAUAUUCCCAAGUUUAUUGGUGGUGCUGUUACUGGUGCUCUCACUGGUGUUUUUGCUCUUGCUGGUGCUUUUACAGGAGCCAUCACUGGAGCUUUAGCUGGUAGAGCUUCUGAUAAUGGAUUACUCAGAGGUGCAGGGUUGGGUGCUGUGGCAGGUGCUGUUCUUUCUGUAGAGGUUUUGGAGGCCUCUCGUGCUUAUUGGUGUUCACAGCAAUCUGGAUCACUUUGUUCAUCCAUGGCUGAUUUCAUAGAGGAGCUACUCCAUGGGAGAUUUGUAGAAGAACAAUUACCACCUGCAGUCCUUACUGGGUACUAUUGGCAGGCAAGCAUCGCCAACAUUAUUUAUGACGAUGUUUAUGAUAUUUAUGGUGAUGUUGCUGCGAGAGGGUUAUCUAAGGAUUCACUUAAGGAGUUGCCAUGCCAUGUGAUCUUGGAUAUUAACAGAGGAGCGGACAACAUUUGCUGCACCAUAUGUUUGCAGGAAUUUGAAGUGGGAGAUACGGCUAGGAGUUUGCCUCACUGCAGACACACGUUUCACCAAAAUUGUGUGGAUAAGUGGCUUGUGACACGGAGCUCCUGCCCUGUUUGUAGAAGGGAUGUUAGAAAUUGCUGUUCUGAAUACUUCUAAUGUAUAUAUAAUUGUCAACUGUCGGAUGAUCGACACCUUUCUAUUGAGUUCUGCAUAAUUAGUUUUGUAUAUAUUUAGUGAGCACUGAGUGAACCUAGAGAGCCUCCUUCCUCAUCCGGAAUGUAACCAAAUUUUCUUCAGUAUUGAGGAAGGAAGUGCUGGCAAUUUGUAAGUUUUGCAUCAGUUUACUUCCGGCUUGCUGUUGCUGCUUGUUCCAAAUUAUACUGCCCCUUUUAUUUUCACUAGCAAAAA